AUGACUAGAAUUAGACGGGGAUAUGUAGCUCGAAGACGUAGAACAAAAAUUCGUUUAUUUGCGUCAAGCUUUCGGGGGGCCCAUUCAAGACUUACUCGAACUAUUAUUCAACAGAAAAUAAGAGCUUUAGUUUCGGCUCAUCGGGAUCGGGAUAGUAAAAAAAGAAAUUUUCGUCGUUUAUGGAUCAUUCGAAUAAACGCAGCAAUUCGCGAAAGGUUCGUAUCCUAUAGUUAUAGUAAAUUAAUACAUAAUCUACACAAGAGGCAGUUACUUCUUAAUCGUAAAAUACUUGCACAAAUAGCUAUAUUAAAUAGGAAUUGUCUUUCCAUGAUUUCGAAUGAGAUAAUAAAAGAAGUAGAUUAUAAAAAAUCUAACGAAAUAAUUUAA